GUUGUUACACAACAAUCCGGUUUCACAGGCGCGACACUGAAGUCCGACUACUCCAGAGACGAAGUCUGUAUCCUGAGCCUGUUUUGAUUAAAGAGACUGCUAGUACCAGCAGGGGAACAUAAUGGCGACAGCAAGUCAAAAUGUGAAUCCUCUGACACGCAGCAGCAGCUAUGAAAUGCUGCCACCUCACAUGUCUGAACUGAAGGUUGUUGUGCUGGGAAACAGAUGGUCUGAGCAGAAUGAAGUGGGAAACUUCCUGCUGGGAAAAAAUACAACCAUUGCAGCACCUGACCGCUGUUUGAUGAUCAGAGAAGGAUUAGGGGACAAACACAUAACCAUCAUUCACACUCCAGAUCUGCUGUUUCCUAAAAUGGACAAUGUAAAAGAGUUUAUACAACAAUGUGAUAAACUCACUCAUCCUGGACCUCAUGUGUUCCUGCUGGUUCUACAUCCUAAAGACUUUACUGAGGACCACAAACGAAAGCUCUGUAGAAUCCUUGAGAACUUCAGUGAUCAAUCAUUUGAUCAUUCUCUGGUUCUGAUAACUACAUCUAAAAUGAUGACACCUCCAGCAUUAAAUGACAUGAUCAGGAAAUGUAGAUACAGACACUUAAACUGGAGAAACCUUGACCGUUUAGAGCUGCUAAAAUGCUUGGGUCAGGUUGUAGAAGAGAAUAUAGGACAGCAUGUUAAAUUAUCUGUGGACACAGAAGAUCCAGCAAGUACAAUAAUAAGUUAUGUCCAAAGCUCAACACUUCACAUCACAGAGACUGCGAAGGCUGCUGGUCUGCGUGCGGGUGAACAAAUUCCUCAGCAUCGCUCCAAGCCAGUAUCUGCAUUUAGGAUUGUGCUGAUUGGGGGGAGUGAAAAGACCAUAUUUGCCAAAUUCCUAUGGAGCCAAAGUUCACCCAAAGCUCUAGUAACCUAUGGAGAAUGGAAAGGACAACAACUUACAGUAGUGAAAACUGGAGACCUGAUCAGUCAGUCUGUGGAAGCAGUGAGACGAGAGAUGAAGGUCUGUGUGAGGUUUUGUUCUCCUGGACCAAAUGUUCUGCUGCUGUUUGUGAACCCUUCUGAUUUCACAGAGGAGAAAAGAAAAACACUGGAGUUCAUCCUGAGUUUGUUUGGUGGAAACGCUUUUAAAUAUUCAAUGGUUGUUUUCACACAUGAGGGCGAGAAUGAGACAGUGAAAAAACUGAUUAAAGACUGUAAACAAAGGCAGCACAGAAUCAGCCAUUACAAAAAGGUUCGGAUAGAAACUGAUGAAGAGUUAAUGCAGAAAAUGUCAAAAAUGGUGAGAGACAACAGAGGAGGAUGUCUAAGACUGAAUAAAGAGGAUGAUGCUUCAACAGCUCUAAACCUGGUUGUGUUUGGGAGGAAAGGAGCAGGGAAGACAUCAGCAGCGGAGGCCAUUGUAGGUCAGACAGGGCUUCAUGCAGUCUCCAGCUCAUCACAGUGUGUUAAACACCAAGGAGAGGUGUGUGGACGUUGGGUUUCCCUGGUGGAGCUGCCGGCCUUGUCUGCAGAACCAGAGGAGACAGUGAUGGAAGAAUCAUUCAGGUGCGUCUCCCUCUGUGACCCUGAGGGGGUCCAUGCCUUCAUCCUGGUCCUACCUGUGGCUCCACUCACUGAUGAAGACGAGGCAGAGUUACAGACCAUCCAGAACACGUUUGGCUCUCGAGUCAAUGACUUCACCAUGAUUCUGUUCACUGUGGAGUCAGAUCCUGGAAAUCCAGCUGUUGCUGAGUUUAUUAAUAAAAACAGGGAAAUCCAGGAUCUCUGUCAGUUGUGUGGAGAAAGAUCUGUUGUUCUCAACAUCAGGGACAAGCAGACGAUCCCUGAUCUGAUAAAAGCUUUGGAAGAAAUGAUAGAUGACAGAUCAAGCUCCUUCACUAAGGACAUAUUCACCAGAGCUCUGAUGGAGAAGAUCACAAAUGAUAGCAUGGUCCGUAGGCGUUUUUCUGUCUUGUCUUUUAACAUGCGACAAAACAGUGACAGUGGCUCAGAGGCUGAGUGAGUUCCCGGGCCUCAGGCGACACAGGUUCACUGAUGAAGAGGCAUACUUGACACAUGACACAGCAUGACAAGGCAGAUCCUCAGCCAGGGGACAGUGAGGCAUUGCCAGAAUAUUAAAAGACAACAAGAAUAUAAAAGAGAAAAGAAAAAAAAAUACAGCAGUAAAUGCAACAUUUCUGAUCGACCCUCUCAAAUAAGAGAUUUGUGAAUAUCAACACAAUCUAAUGAGCAUCUAAUUAUAAGGCAGGCGUGACUGCAGCUGCAACAUUUAAUUAAUAAAAUGAGCUUGGAACAUGUUGCCAGUUCUAAAAAGUAAAGAUGCACCGGAUCACCUGCAGUGGGUCUGGAGUACAUUGGACCAUGAGAGUAGAAUAAUGGUCAAUGGUCAAUGGUCAAUCUUUUGUCUUAUAUAUUUGUCUUAUACUUACUGUAUAUUUUUUUAAUAAUAAUUUACUACAUUUACUCUAUUUUAACAUCAUGAUUUUAACUUUUUUUGUGAAACCUUUAUUAAAAUCCACUAGCUUACCAAGGCCCAGUGUCCACCUCUUGGCUUUUAGUUUUAUUUGCUGCAAUAAUUGUUCAAUUGUUGUAGGUUCAGUUUUAGUUUAAACCAUAUUACUGAUGCUCUGACACUUACAUUUUAAAUAAUUACACAGCAUCAUGCUCAUGCAUGUAAACAUUAAACUAUCUGAAAUAAACAUUUCAAAAGCAAACUCUCCUGUGUUCUAUCCAACACCUUAGAGAUAUGUAGUCACAUAUAGACAGAAUUUAAUUUAAUUCAUUCAAUUUUCCAAUUCAAUUCAAUUUUAUUUAUAUAGCAACUAAUCACAACAAAGUUAUCUCAAGGCACUUUACAAAGUAAGGUUUAAGACCUUACACAAGUAAACCCAACAGAUCCCACAUACAAAAAGCCUUUAAAACUCCUUCUCUUACAAGGAAGAAACCUCCAGCAGAACCAGGCUGGAUGUGGGCGGCCAUCUGCCUCGACCGGUUGGGGUGAGGGGAGAGAGAGAGAGAAAAGCACAGCAACAACAACAAGCAACAGCAAGCAACACCAGAGCACAGGCAGGAUGGUAGGACCAGGGACUGGAUACAGGCAGGACGGUUGGAUCUGCAGCUGCCCAUCACAGACACAGCUCUAAGUACAAUCAUACCUGUAGGUGAGGACAGAGAGAGAGAGAGACAGAGAGCGGGAGAGAAGCACAGCUACUGGAGAGAAAGAGACAAGGUUAGUUGAACAUAGAACAAUGAUGUUAUUGGACAAAAGAGGUAGAAGGAAACAGAGGAGCUCAGUGUAUAAAUUUCCAGUCCCCCAGCUGUCUAUGUCUAUUGCAGCUUAACUAAGAGAUGGUUCCUGUGACAAACAAUCAUUGCCAGUGACCUGAACCAUUUCUAACUAUAAGUUUUAUCAAAAAGAAAAGCCUGAUCUUAAAGGUGGAGAGUGUGUCAGCUUCUCGUACCUGAACAGGGAGCUGGUUCUAGAGGAGAGGAUAAAUAUUCAGAAUAUUUAUCUGACAAAAUAGACUUUUCUUACUUAUUUUUUUAUCGGCUACCACCCAAAUUCCAACACAGUAAAGGCAGUGAUAUUUAGAUUACAGAACAAAUGUAGUCUUUAAUGUUUUACACUCCUUCAGGCAUAUUUUUUAUUUGUGACAGUAGAGCUGUAGCUGCUUUUGCUCUGCCAUUAUCCUGCCUCACUCAGUCGCUAGUGAAGGACACUGGAUCUGAAACUGUCACAGUCCAGGGUUUUGUUCUUGUUCAGUUCCUGUUCUACCAGGUCCUGUGCUAACAUUUCUUCUGCUCAUUAGUCUCAGCCGUGGUCAAUUAAGCAAUUUGGUUUUCCUGUAUUUAGUCACCAGCAUUUACAUCAAUCCUUUGCAUGAUCGUGAGUUUUCAUACCUCGUUCCAGCGUUGCAUUGUUGUCUUACCUGUUUACCUAUACCCUUGUCAGAUAUUUCUUGCCUGUACCUUUGUCUUACCUGCUCGAUCUGUUGACUGACCGCCUCCCAGUGUUUGACGACGCCUUUUGCCUGCUCUCUCUGUACCUCUGCUAUUCUGCCAUUGUGUUUUUAACCAUUGCCUGUAUCCUGACAACGGUUUUGCAUUAAAUCCUUUUUACUUUUACUUACCUGUACGUCUCCCAAGCUGUGCAUGUGGGUUCGUCGCUUUACAGUAGACCGCAGCGCCACCGUGACAGAAACUUCUCCUGCCUGAA